CCUCCAAAGCUGCAAAAGGGGAAAAAAAAAAUAAUCAAAAUAAAACCAGUUCUCACCGACAGGGGGGAAGGAGGAGGGGGGAAGGGAGGAGGCUGAGCCGACAGAACGGAUCCGCCCCCGCUGCCUGCACCAGACCCUCGGAGAGCCGGAGCGCGCGACAGGCGGCGGGAGGACACUCGCUUCCAAAAAAACAAACCUACAAUGUAAAAAUAACGCCGGGCGCCCCACGCUAAUUGGGCCCGGGCGACAGCAGCUCACAGUUCAACUUUCCUUUUUUGGAGCGACGUCUCAGCAGAUUCAGUUCUGCCAUCUGCGAACAUCUGAGAACCCCCAGGGGGAGCGGGGAAUGGCUGCGGUCCAGCUCUGCCCCAAGCAGACCCUGGGAAACCACAUGUCAAAGCCAGACCUGCAAAGGAAGGCCUGCCUGCCCCUCCUGGGGCCUGGGGGCAGGAAGGCGGGAGGGAUCCCUCCCGAAGGACCCCCAGCCCCAGGUCACCUGAGAACUCUCUGGGGGAUUUGCAUUUCAAUGAGGAGUGUCCCUGGCCCAAACACCUUACGAAAGGGAAGAGAGACCAGUGGAAGUUUCGCCCUGUGUGUUGCCUGCUCCUGCUUCCCGGUUGUCAACUGGAGUCAUCACUGUCACGGGGUACAGAGCAAGCCUCUGGGAUUGCUGCUUGAACAUCUGGAUUUAGACAUCCCUGCGCUUCUGGAGCCCUUCUGGAGAUUCAAGGAGCUCUCCUUUCUGGCAUCUUGGCCCCGCAUUUGCUUCUCAGUCUCCCAAGAAUGUCAGGAAUUAGCCCCCGUGUGGUCUGACGCGCAGUGGGUCUGGGAAGCUGUCGGACGCCCCAGCCUUUCCAGGGUGGCUCAAAGAGUGGAAGCAUCCUCCCUGCAUCCGGUGCCACCCUGGUCACGGUCCGCAGCUGCUCCGGCCAGAAGGGCCCUGCGUGUGGUGCCAGAGCUCAGGGCCUGGCCAAGGCCAGGCUCGGAGCCCAGAGGCUGCCGGAAGGCGGCAUAAAAACUCCAGGAGCCCAUGGGCCUCAUUUGUCUUCUUCGCUGGUGCAUCUCCAAUGCCUCGAAAGGCACAUGGCACAGAGUAGGAGCAAAUGAAGUAUUUACUGAGUGACUAUCAGCUUUUCCAUGCAAUAACCAGCUGCCAAGAUGGCCCCGGUGAGCUCUGCCUCCUGGGUUCAUGUCCCAUGUGGCCUGUCCUGCACUCCACUCCCGAACCUGGUGUCUGGGGGCUCUGGGCGCUGCCUGGCCCUCUCGGGAUGCCUGGCUCUGGGGGGAGCCAGCAGCCAUGUCACAGGGACCCUCCAGCAGCCCCGUGGAGAGUUGCACGCAGCAGGGAGCUGAGGCUCCCCACCCAUAACUGCUGCAGACCAGCCAGCCGAGCAAGGGAGGCAUCCAGGACACGGCCCCCCCCAGCCCCGGUCAAGCCUUCGGAGGAGCCUGCGGCCCCAGCUGCCAUCUUGGCACCAACUUCAACGGAGACUCUGAACCAGAACCCUCCAUUCAGGCUGCUCCUGAAUUCCUGACCCACAGAAACUGAGAGAAAAUGAAUGUUGAUUGUUGUGGUAAGCUGCCUGGUUUUAGGGUAAAGGUUAUGCAGCCACAGAUCAUGGAUACACUGAGACCAGCCCGAUGUGAACUCCCGCUCAACAAAUACAAGCUGUGUGGCCUCAGGCCAAUGGCUCUACCACUCUGAGCCUUGGUUUGAAGUUAGUAAAAAUGAACGCUGCACCUCCCCACCUGGCUGCCUCCCAGGGUCUUUGGUGGCAGAAGUAAGCAAACACAUUAACGGGGGUCAAGACGCUGUGUCUGGGGCUGGGCUGGGGCCCUGAUCACCUGUGAGCUGCCCCCUCAUCUCGGACGAGCCGGGCUCCUGCUUCACAAGGGCUCACUCAGUGCCGGGCCCCGGGCUGGGCGGGGGACUGUCAGCAAAUCCACAUCCCGGCUCCGAGGGAGGGGCAGGCACUAGCCCCACUUUACAGAGGAGGAAGCCGAGGCUCAGAGAGCACCUGCCCACGGUCACACGGCCAGGAAGGGCUGGUCUGGGAUUCAAAUCCAGGCCUGUUUGAUUCCAAAGUCUGCUGACAGCAUGACGAAGGGCAUGUCAUGUGCCAUCAGGCCUUCCAGUUCACAGAGAGCUUUCCCAAGCCAGUCUCUCGCUUCAUUUCAUUCCAUUCGCUCCAUGGCUCCAGCGUCCCAGGCUACUGCAGAGAGGGUGUAGAAGGAGCCGGUCCAGCUCUGACUCCUCCUGGCUUCCAGCUACAAGACCAUGUUUCCCAGCCUCCCUGGUGGCCAUGGGGCUGAGUUCCGGCCAAUGGGAUGUUGGCAAACACGGGGGGUGCCCCUGGCGGGCCUGGCCCAUCAAGUCUCCCACUCGGGACCGUCCACUCUCCCGUUCUGAGCCAGUGGCCUUGGAAGACACAUGUUGAAGUUAUCAGAGCCACAGAUGGAAGGGACCAGGGUUCCCGAGUCACCAGGGCUUUGUACUUCACAUGUCUGCAGAGGUGGCGUUAUUUGCUCCCGAGCCUUCCUUCCCUCCUGGCCCUUGCUGUGACUCCCCGUGGACAGAGCACACUCCCCAUCCCCCGACUUAGGCCUCGGCCACAUGACUGAUGGAUGGAAGUGACCUUCACAGGGUCAGAGACAAAGAACGAAGAAGCAAACUGGAGUUUCACGGCCCCUCUUGAGCCUCUGCCAUUGUCACGAGUCCAGUACAUCCCGGGAGGCCUCUGCUUCCAGGAGAAGGAAACACGUGGAAUAGAUCUGAAUCCAACCCAUAGCUCUGAGCGAGGCCCAGGAGAGCCACAGUCAACCCACAAACCCACAAGGGAGAAAUAAACGCUUUGAAUAUUAAACCACUGAGAUGUUGGAGUUGUUUGUUACACAGCCUUAUCUCAGCCAAAAAAACAAAAACAAAAACCUGACCAAUACACUGAGUG